AUGGAUCUUGAUAUAGACGCGCUGCUUGAGUUAGAACCAGUAUUUAAUAAAGAAGAUGAAGGAAAAAAAGAUGUAUCAGAGCUCAUGAAAAGUUGGAUUUCAGAGAGAAUAGCACCUGAACUUUUGCCAUUCCAAGGAGUGCUUUUAGAAAGAAUGAUGGAACGAACUGAAAUGGUUGAAUUAAAGAUUGGGAAAGAUAUAAAAACCAAUUUUCGGAUGGUUUUAGUUCAAAUGGAGAUUGAAAGAAUCAAAUAUAUGAUUCGUUCGUAUUUGCAAACAAGAAUUUAUAAGAUGGACAAGUAUGCAUUAUAUAUUUUACAAAAACCCGAGUUACUGGCAUGUCUUUCUUCUUUGGAGAAGGAAUAUUUGAAAAAACACCAAGAAAUUCUUACAGAUUAUUAUACAUCAGCUGUUCUAAAACAUCUUCCGGAAAAGUUAAGAAGAUUAGAUGAUACUCAAGGAGGGAUAUCUAUGAUUGAAAAACCAGAUAUGGAUGCUGCUGUAUUUUGCAGAGUAAUUAACAAUAUUGAACAUGAUAUUCCUGUCAAUAAAAACGAAAGUAUUACGCUUGAUAAGGGCAACAUUUACCUUCUCAAGUAUAAAUUAAUACGGUCAUUUAUAUUUUCAGGAGAUGUUGAAUUGAUAUAA